UAGCAUGAAAACUGAAUUUUAAGGUAGGAUAAGGGACCAGUCUAUGGAAAUAUCAAUGUGAGUGUCUGACCAGUAGUGUCAUACCUAAGAUAAAGGGGAGUUACUCUCUCAGCAUAUUAACAAAUCGCAUGCAGAUAUAUCAUGCAGCCGAAUAAUCACAUGCAGCAAAACAACCCAUGGGGGUUUCAGGCUCAAAACUGGUCACAGCCAAUGACAAGGGGUCCCCCACCCCAUCAGCAUCAAAGACCAAACAUAAACAGGUUUGGAUCGCCACCAGGACAGAGACCAAACUUUCAACCAAGGGGAUUUAACCAACACAUGGGAUCUCCCCGUCAAGGAAUAGAUGUGCAAAGUCCUAGAAUGGGGCUUCAACAGCAAGGGAUGUCGCCUGGAAUGUCACAUGGCCAACCACGGUUCCAAAACAACCAGCCUUUUCAUGGUAACCAAAGUCAGUUUCAGGGACCUUAUCAUCAGCAACAAAAUAUUCAGGGUCCAAGACCCAAUCAGCACCCAGGGCAAAUGUUCAAUAGACCUCCAAACCGACCAAUGGCUGGACCACCUCCAGACUUCUUUAGAGCACCAGGGAAUCACCAACAGAGGCCACGAUUUCAAAAAGGAAGACACCAAGGUGACAAAAAGAAGAUAGAUAAAAGGGAUUUACCUGAGAACAACAGAUUUUAUUGUGACUCGUGUGACAGGGGAUAUAAAGAUGAGGACAAGUAUAAACUUCAUUUAGAUCAACAUCAAAAGUGUCCAAAAGAAGGCUGUACAUAUGUUGCUGCAGGCAAGCUGGUACAGUUACAUAUUAAACUGCAUCAUAACACUGGGUUGGCAAAGAAAAUAUGGUCCCUGGAGUCACAGGAAGAUAUACAAAAAUGGAUCGACGAGAGGAAGAAGAAUUUCCCAACUGCAGAAAAUAUUGAAAAGAAGAAAGCCAUACUAGCAGAACGUAUAGCCAGAGGGGAAGUUAUUGAGGAGAAAUAUUUUGGGAAAAUGCACAGAAGAGAGGACAAUAAAAGAGGGCGUGGCAGGGGGCGUGGUCGUGAUAGAGGGCGUGGCAGAGGUAACAAUAGAGGUGAUGGCAACCAGCAAAAUGAUUUGAAAAGGAAACUUAAUGAUCCAGACGCAGAUGGAUGUACUGUACAGAAACAAGCUAAGGAGGGUACUAGUGAAGAUAAUGUGAUGAGGGAAGCUGCUGAGUCAUUAAGUAUGUUCUUUGCUGCAGAUAGCUCCGAUUCUGAUUCAAGUGAUUCAGAUGAAGAUGACAACAAUAAGUCGGUUAAGAAAGUAACAGGAAGUACAUCUUCUACCGUACCUGAUGUUACAGCUGCAGGUGCUCUCGGUAAUCUAAUGUCAACGUAUGUUGUAAGUGAUGAAAGCGGCGAUGAGGAUGAUACAGAAAAACCUGACAAUGUUCCUAUAAAGAAAUCUUCUGCAAAUACAUCAGAACCUAGUGUUGUCCCCAGUGUAUCAAAGGGGGAGCAGAAUAACAAUGAUAAUGAUAACAAGAAAUUCAGACAGAGAAACAGAGGUAGACAGAAGAAAAACAAAGACAAAUGGAACCCACCUCCAAAACUUGAUAAAUCUUUACUGGAAAAGUUGCUUGCCAAAGAAAUCCGCCAGGAGAGAAACAAAAUCAUGCAAUGUGUUCAUUAUAUUGUUAAAAAUAACUUUUUUGAUAAGCCACAAAAUUCAGAAAAUAAAACAUAAUUUUCCAAGAAA